GGCAACUAGGCGACUUUUCCUCUGGACAGGUUUUGAUCAAUCUCCCCCCUAAUGUGUGUGAACAAGAAUGAGGAGCAACUACAAUACUCAAUAUUUUCCUUGGCUAAAUAUAGUUUGCACUGGACAGAUGAAUUUUUACAAUGGAAUCCAACUGACUUUGACAAUAUGACUAUCACUUCCAUUCCUACUGAGACCAUAUGGAUUCCAGAUAUAAAGAUAGCUGAACUUGUGGCCCCUGAGAGUUCCUCAGGACCUAGUUUUGUCUACAUUAAUAACAUGGGACUAGUAAAAUAUCAGAAGACACACACAGGAUCAUCCAUGUGCUUGUUCUACAUAUACUUCUUCCCUUUUGAUGUUCACAAUUGUACUCUAAGUUUUUAUAGUCAACUUCAUUCAGUUGAACAUAUUAAUAUUUUUGCUCGGAGAACUGCAGAGAAUAUGAAAAGGGAUAUUCAGAAAUAUUUUCAUCAAGGGGAAUGGAUACUUUCCUAUGUAAAUCCCAUUUACAAACUGGAGACUAACCAUGAAAGAAAAUUUGCAUUGAUAGUCUUCCAUGUUAUCUUUAAGAGAUUUCCGAUGUACUAUGUUGUGAACUUAAUCAUUCCCAGCAUAUUUCUCAUGAUUCUGGAUAUCAUUGGAUUCUACCUCCCUAAUGACAGUGGAGAGAGGAUUUCCUUCAAGACUACUCUGUUGCUUGGUUACUCUGUCUUCCUCAUCAUAGUUCUGGAUAUAUUACCUGCUUCAUCACACAACACACCAAUAAUAAACACAUAUUUCAUCGUCUGCAUGGCUCUACUUGGGAUCAGUUUGGCAGAAAGUAUUCUCGUAUUUCGAAUAAUGAAUAACAAAAUUAUCCAUUGUAAGGUCCCGACAUGGAUAAGAAAGUUGGUUUUAGAAAAGCUAAGCAUCUUGGUUUGUCUGAAGGAUAAUGACUGGGGCAUUGAGCCAUACAAGAAGUUCUCUGAAGAGCCACAAGGGACGAACACGACUAAUGAUGAAUUAGACAAAUAUGCUGACAACACAGAACUCACCACCCAGUCAACUCCAGUUACGGAAGCAGUCAGAGAUGUACUGGGAAACAUCCUCAAGGAGAUAGUUACCAUCCGGCAGUAUAUCAAAGACAAAAGUGACCAGAAACCUCAGAAGGAAUGGCUGUUGGUUGGAUAUAUACUUGAUAAAUGUCUUUUCUGGGUGUAUCUGGGGAUUGUCAUGGCUUACAUUGUUAGCAUAACUAUUGUCUGGUCGUAUCACAUAGUUCAAUAAAUGACACCAACAA